UAUUUGCAGACUGGAUUACCCAAAGAACUUUAAUAGUGACAAAAUUUUGCCCAUCUCAGUUGGAUUUCCUUUGUAGAAUUUAUCUUCUUUAAUACCUGAGUUUUCUCCCAAAGGGUUUUUUACACCCUGGAGAACCUUCAUUGGAACACUGAUAAGUAAACCUGAAGUUGAAUCCAGCAGAGGUUGAGCUUCUGACUUACUCAAGAAAUUGAGAGCAGCAUCAUGAAUUGUUUCCUGCCAAAUUUCAGCUUUUGGACCAAAGGCAACCCUCUUGAUCAAGAACAGAAGGACAUUCCUCAUGCUCCAGACUGUGUACCACAAAAAUGUGGAGAAGUGAAGCCAGAAGAUUCCUCAGAUGAGGAUGAAAAUGCUGCUGCUGAUGAUGAUGAAUUUGAUUGUGAUUAUCUGGGAGAAUCCAUCACUGUAACUACUCCAGAGUCCAGUGAUGCUUAUGGUGCAAGGUUCUGGAGAUUACAUCACCAAGGAGAAUGUUCCCCAUGUUGUGUGAAACCCAGGGAUGAUCCUGAUGUUCUUCCACCUUCUCCUGAGAACACUGAAGGAGACAUUUCAGAGCAGUGCAAAUGCAUCAUUGCAAAGUACUUCAAAGGAAAGAUAAACCCCUCAAAAGUUGCACUUGAGGCACUGAAGUCAAAACUUCAAUCAGAGGUCAGCAACUUGAAGUCCUCCCUGAAAGCCAAAUCAUCUCAACCCACAAUGAGUUCUCAAGCACCUUCUGUGAAAGCUCUUCUCCAAGCAGCUGCAAGUGGCAAAAAUGUUGUGCAAAAAAUGCCUGAGCCUCCAUGCAAUGUUUGCCCAGCUGCCCAAGCUGAGUCCUUGCAACUUGCCACUGUGACUAUGCAGAACAAAAUUGGCAGAGCUCAAAAUAGAAUCAAGGUCUUGAAGGCAAUCAACAAAAACUUUUGUGGAGUGAAUAACAAAGCUGGGGAGAAUUUGACAGAAGGUUUAAUUAGUGCAAAUGCUCAUGCGCUGAAAAUGCGUCUGCGGCAGUUCAGGAAGGUCUUUGGAGAAAUAACUGUGUUGAAAUUCCAACUGGAAAUGCAGCUUGCUCAGUACUUAUUCUUGAUUUCAGGCCAAGGAUUUGUGCCCAAUAUGCGCCAAGAGUUGAACAAAUUCUCCAUGAAUGAACCAAGUUUUUCCAAGAUCAUAUAUGCCAUAAUGGCUGCUGCUGCCAUCUUGGACAUGCCAGCAAGUGACUGUGGUGAAGAAGGCAGAGAAACUGAAUCAGUGUCUGAUUAUGUUUGUCCAAUCAAAUCUGAGCCAAUCAGAGAAAGAUCUUGCAGAAAAUCAGGUGGCAGUGGAAUCUUAUUGAGGAAGAAAUAUCACCCUCAGGAUAUCAUUCCUCUAAAUGAUUUUGGAGAUGCUGGGUCAUCAGCAGAUUGUGUUGGUCUGGAAUGCGGAUUAGAUACUGCUCACAAGCCAAUGGAUAUUUCAGAAGACAUCCGGCGGAUGAGGGUCCGGCGCAACUGCCUGCGUUUGAGUGCCUUGUGCUUCGCGGCGUUUAUCUUCUGGAUCCUUUUCCGGAGCAUGCCAAUCCUCAAACUUGGAAGACAAGAACGAUUUAGUUACGGUGAAGAAUCUUGCCCACUACUUGCCACGUUUUCCAUUCCUUUUCUCCAAACGUUGUUUGCGCAGCGCAACGUUUAUUUCGCUGGCGACUCGAGUGCUCGUCUAGUCGUAAAGAAGCUAGGAACUCAGUCCGAGCUGCAGGAAGUGCAGGUGUCAUUGUCCAAGCUCAUUGGCGAGGAUCAAGCGCUUGACGUGCUCUUGGAGAAGAUAUUACAAACUCAGGAACUCAGUUUGAAUCAAGUGUUGAGCGCUCAGCCGCGCUCUGACGCCCCGAACGCCAUCACAAGCUGUGGUAAUCAAGAAUUAUUGACCUCUCUGGAUAUUCGGGGUUCCUCGGCCGUUCUCUACACUCUGGUCAACCCAGAACCAAUUAUUCUGACGGUGGACCUAACGAAGAGGUUCGGGAACCUGAGGAUGGGCGUGGAGGACAUAAAGAACCACAAGUGGUUCGCGCCCACGGACUGGAUCGCCAUCUACCAGAAGAAGGUGGAGGCGCCGUUCGUGCCCAAAUGCAAGGGCCCCGGCGACGCGUCCAACUUUGACGACUACGAAGAGGAGCAGUUGUCCAUCUCUUCUGCCGUCAAGUGCGCCCAGGAGUUCGCCGACUUCUGA